AUUCGUCUAUUUUUUUCAGAUUCAGAAAUGAGUUGUAUUGAAAUCAUAGCAACCGUCGGCAGUAUAAUUCUCUUCAUUGUCACAUUUCCAAUAUCAGUCUUCAUGUCUUUCAAGAUUGUUCAAGAGUACGAGAGAGCAGUUAUCUUCAGAUUGGGUCGUGUGAGAACGGGCGGGGCCAGAGGCCCCGGUAUAUUCUUCAUACUUCCCUGUAUUGAUUCCUACUGUAAGGUGGAUCUGAGAACUGGGUCAUUUGACGUCCCCCCACAAGAGGUGUUGACUAGAGACUCAGUGACUGUUCAUGUAGACGCAGUUGUAUUCUACAGAGUUAGCAGCCCCACAAUGGCAACUAACAAUGUCGAAGACUUCAGGUAUCAAAAAAGAAAAUUUAGAAAAAAAAAUUAUCCUGCACCAUCCAUUCCUCACCCGCUUUUGCUGUUUUUAGAGAAGAAAAUGUGGUUUUGGUUUUGACUAUAGUGGAGAAAA